GGAGCGCCGGAAGCCUGCCCCGCCCCUCAUUGUGCGGCUCAUACUAAACGGAAGGGGCCGGGAGAGGCCGCGUUCAGUCGGAUCCCGGCAGCAGCUGCGGCGGCUCCCGUCUCUACCGACUCUCCUUGCUAUCUCCUUUUCGCUUCCGGAAACAUGGCGUCUGGUGUAGCUGUCUCUGAUGGUGUCAUCAAAGUGUUCAAUGACAUGAAGGUGCGUAAGUCAUCGACACCAGAGGAGGUGAAGAAGCGCAAGAAGGCAGUGCUUUUCUGCCUGAGUGAGGACAAGAAGAACAUCAUCCUGGAGGAGGGCAAGGAGAUCCUGGUAGGUGAUGUGGGCCAGACUGUAGACGACCCCUAUACCACCUUUGUCAAGAUGCUGCCAGACAAGGACUGCCGCUAUGCCCUCUAUGACGCAACCUAUGAGACCAAGGAGAGCAAGAAGGAGGACCUGGUGUUUAUCUUCUGGGCCCCUGAGUGUGCACCCCUUAAGAGCAAAAUGAUCUAUGCCAGCUCCAAGGACGCCAUCAAGAAGAAGCUGACGGGGAUCAAGCAUGAAUUACAAGCAAACUGCUAUGAGGAGGUCAAGGACCGCUGCACUCUAGCAGAGAAGCUGGGGGGCAGUGCCGUCAUCUCCCUGGAGGGCAAGCCUUUGUGAGCUUCCUCCAGCCCCCUGCCUGGAGCAUCUGGCAGCCCCAGACCUGCCCAUGGGGGUUGCAGGCUGUCCCCUUCCUGCCAGACCGGAGGGGCUGGGGGGAUCCCAGCAGGGGGAGGGCAGUCCCUUCAUCCCGGUUGCCAAACAGCCCCCACCCCCUGGACCUUCCUCCUCCCUCUAUCCUUGACGGUUCUGGCCUUCCCAAACCGCUUUUGAUCUUCUGAUUCCUCUUGGGUUGAAGCAGACCAAGCUCCCCCCAGGGACCCCAAUUUGGGGGGGGGGGCUGUAUUUUUUUUUAACGACAUCCCAGUUCCCCACCUGUUCCCCCCCUUUCCCAUGCUGCCAACUUCUAACCGCAGUAGUGACUUUGUGCUUGUCUGUUUAGUUCUGUGUAUAAAUGGAAUGUGGAGA